AUGAGCAUGAUUAGUGAUUCAAUGGUACCGGUUCAUCCCAGUUUAGAGAAUUUUAAUUCUCCGGUUCUCUCUAAGGUUUGUGCAUGGGGGGUAAUGUUAGGGCUAUUUGCGGUUUCAAUAAUCGCCAUGGUUUAUGCUUGCUAUUACACGCAAAACACUUCGAAUCCAAGCACUGGAGGGCAAGAGAAACAAAUAACGAAGGAAAUACUGAAGCCACUAGACAUGGAACCAAAGAUUGUUGUCAUAAUGGCCGGUAAUGAAAAUCCUACCUUCUUUGCCAAGCCAAGCAAGAUCAAUGCAUGA